ACACCCCGGGAGCGGAGGCAGCUCUGCGGCUUCGCUCCUGACCUGCGGAGGAAGAGUUCUGAGCUGGCUUGAGCCGGGAGCCGGGAGGAGACAAUGCGUUCUUCCGAGCUGCCGGGCGCACGGCUCGCGGCUGGGGACCCGGACGAGCCCGGGGCCGCGGCUCCCGGAGGCGGCGGGAGAAGCCCCCAGGCUGCCGUCCAGCCGCGCCCCUGCGCGUCCCGCUGCGUCCAGCUCCGGGAUCCUGGCGUGGUGCCAGCGCGGGUCAAGUUUCAGAAAUCCUGGAUUGAAGGAGUAUUUGACAAGAGAGAAUGUAACAAAGUCAUACCCAGCUCAAAAGAUCCUCAUAGAUGUGCUCCAGCAUGCCAGGUCUGCCAGAAUUUAAUCAGGUGUUGCUGUGGUCGAUUAGUCAGAGACCAUCCUGGAGUAGAUUAUGCCUGGACCACGUCAAUUGAUAAGAGUAGUGAGAAUGAACAAUGGUCUGUUGAAAAGCACACAGCAAAAAGCCCUACAGAUGCCUUUGGCACAAUUAAUUUCCAAGAUGGAGAGCACACCUACCACUCCAAGUAUAUUAGAACUUCCUACGACACAAAAUUGGAUCAUCUGUUACAUUUAAUGUUGAAAGAGUGGAACAUGGAACUGCCCAAGCUGGUGAUCUCUGUCCAUGGGGGCAUCCAGAACUUUCAGGUGCCCUCCAAGCUUGCAAAGAUCUUCAGCCAAGGUUUGGUCAGAGCUGCAGAGACGACGGGAGCGUGGAUAAUCACUGAAGGCAUCAACACUGGAGUGUCCAAGCAUGUUGGAGAUGCCCUGAAAGCCCACUCCUCUCAGUCCUUGAGAAAAAUCUGGACAGUUGGAAUCCCUCCUUGGGGUGUCAUUGAGAACCAGAGAGAUCUUAUUGGAAAUGAUGUGGUGUUUCUGUACCAGACGCUGGGUAAUCCCCUCAGCAAGCUCACCACACUCAACAGCAUGCACUCACACUUCAUCCUCUCUGAUGACGGCACUGUGGGAAAGUAUGGAAAUGAAAUGAAGCUCAGAAGGAAUCUGGAGAAGUACCUCUCUCUGCAGAAAAUUCACAGCCGCUCAGGACAAGGCGUGCCGGUGGUGAGGCUGGUGAUGGAAGGAGGUCCCAAUGUCAUCCUCUCCGUAUGGGAGACUGUCAGGGACAAGGACUCUGUGGUGGUGUUGGAAGGCACGGGCAGAGCUGCGGAUCUCCUGGCCUUCACUCACAAACACUUAGAUGAAGGGAUGCUGCAUCCUCCGGUGAAGGAGGAGAUCAUCUGUAUGAUUCAGAGCACUUUCAACUUUAGUCUUAAACAGUCUAAGCACCUCUUCCAAAUUCUAAUGGAGUGCAUGGUACACAGGGAUUGUAUUACUAUAUUUGAUGCUGAUUCUGAAGAGCAACAAGACCUUGAUGUAGCAAUCCUAACUGCUUUGCUGAGGGGCACAAAUUUAUCAGCAUCAGAACAAUUACAUCUGGCAAUGGCUUGGGACAGAAUGGACAUUGCCAAGAAACAUAUCCUAAUUUACGGACAACACUGGAAGGCUGGUGCAUUAGAACAAGCAAUGUUAGAUGCUUUAGUGAUGGAUCGGGUGGAUUUUGUGAAACUCUUAAUAGAGUACGGAGUGAAUGUCCAUCGCUUUCUGACCAUACCUCGACUGGAAGAACUCUAUAACACAAAACAAGGACCUACUAACAGGCUCUUGCAUCAUCUUGUCCAAGAUGUAAAACAGCAUACGCUUCUCUCAAGCUACAGAAUAACACUGAUUGACAUUGGAUUGGUAAUAGAAUACCUCAUUGGUAGAGCUUAUCGCAGCAGCUACACUAGAAAAAAUUUCAGAGCCCUCUACAACAUCAUCUACAGAAAACAUAAGCACCGGAAACGUUCAUCGGGAAACAGAAAGGAGUCUGUAGAAAAUACCUUGCAUUCCCAGUUCAUCAGAACUGCACAGCCGUACAAAUUCAAGGAAAUGCCUGUAGUUCUUCAUAAAUCAAGGAAGAAGUCAGAAGGAGGGCAGAAUAUAUCAGGCGACCCCGAGGGUAUGGGUUUUAUUUACCCUUACAACGACCUGCUGGUUUGGGCUGUGCUGAUGAAAAGGCAGAAGAUGGCCAUGUUCUUCUGGCAGCAUGGCGAGGAGGCCACGGUGAAGGCCGUGAUUGCUUGCACCCUCUACCGAGCCAUGGCCCACGAGGCUGAGGAGAGCCACAUGGUGGAUGAUGCCACAGAAGAGUUGAAAAGUUACUCAAGACAGUUUGGCCAGCUUGCCCUGGACGUGCUGGAGAAGGCAUUCAAGCAGAAUGAGCGCAUGGCCAUGAAGCUGUUGACGUAUGAACUCAAUAACUGGAGCAAUUCCACCUGUUUGAAACUAGCUGUGUCUGGAGGAUUGAGGCCCUUUGUUUCACAUACUUGUACCCAAAUGCUACUGACAGACAUGUGGAUGGGGCGCCUGAAAAUGAGGAAAAACUCUUGGUUAAAGAUCAUUAUGAGUAUUUUUUUGCCACCCACCAUUUUGACCUUGGAAUUUAAAAGCAAAGCGGAAAUGUCACACAUUCCCCAGUUCCAAGACUUCCAGUUUUCGUGGUAUUACAGUGACCAGAACCCCAGCAAUUACAAGGAAAGAACUCAAGUGAGAGGCUAUGACUUGGAAAGGGGUCCCAAUGAGAAGCUGGAUGAAAAUCAGCCCUUUGAUUUAGAGAACGGGCACCAGAGCAUCCCAUGGACUAGGAAGGUCUACGAGUUCUACAAUGCUCCGAUCGUCAAGUUUUGGUUUUAUACGAUGGCAUAUUUGGCAUUCCUCAUGCUGUUCACUUACACCGUGUUGGUGGAGAUGCAGUCCCAGCCCAGCCUGCAAGAGUGGCUUGUUAUCAUUUACAUCUUCACCAGUGCUAUUGAGAAGGUCAGGGAGAUUUGUAUGUCGGAACCUGGGAAGUUUACUCAGAAGGUGAAGGUAUGGAUUAGCGAGUACUGGAACCUCGUGGAGACUGUGGCCAUUGGCCUGUUCUCAGUGGGCUUUGGCCUUCGAUGGGGCCGUGCUCCCUUCCACACGGCCGGGCGGCUCAUCUACUGCAUAGACAUCAUCUUCUGGUUCUCACGGCUCCUGGACUUCCUUGCUGUGAAUCAACAUGCAGGUCCCUAUGUGACCAUGAUUGCAAAAAUGACAGCGAACAUGUUUUACAUCGUGAUCAUGAUGGCUAUAGUCCUGCUGAGCUUUGGAGUGGCGCGCAAGGCCAUUUUGUCACCAAAGGAGCCGCCGUCUUGGAGCCUGGCUCGAGAUAUUGUGUUUCAGCCAUACUGGAUGAUAUACGGAGAAGUUUAUGCUGGAGAGAUAGAUGUUUGUGAGAGCGAGCCCACUUGCCCUCCUGGCUCUUUUCUGACUCCGUUUCUGCAAGCCGUCUACCUCUUUGUGCAGUACAUCAUCAUGGUGAACCUGCUGAUUGCUUUCUUCAACAAUGUUUAUUUAGAUAUGAAGUCCAUUUCAAAUAAGCUGUGGAAAUACAACCGCUAUCGCUACAUCAUGACAUACCAUGAGAAGCCCUGGCUUCCACCACCUUUUAUCCUCCUGUGUCACGUGUGUCUCCUUCUCCGCCACCUGUGCCAUCACCGAACGCCCAGUGACCAAGAAGAGGAUGAUGUUGGAUUAAAACUCUACCUGAGUAAGGAGGAUCUGAAAAAACUUCAUGAUUUUGAAGAGCAGUGUGUGGAAAAAUACUUCCAUGAGAAGAUGGAAGAUCUGAAUUUUAGUUGUGAGGAGCAAAUCCGAGGGACAUCAGAAAGGGUUACAGAGACACAUUUCCAGCUGAAAGAACUGAAUGAAAAAGUGUCUUUUAUAAAGGACUCCUUACUGUCUUUGGACAACCAGGUGGGCCACCUGCAGGACCUCUCUGCCCUGACAGUGGAUACCCUCAAAGUCCUUUCUGCUGUUGACACCUUGCAAGAAGAAGAGGCUCUCCUGGCCUACAGAAAGUAUUCUACUUGGAGAAAACGUCCCCACAGCUGGAGCAAUAUCAACUGUGCAGAGGUUCCAGGCAGCGUGGGGCUCUCUGAGACGAAGAAAUAUCAGUAUUACAGCAUGCCCCCGUCUUUGCUGAGGAACCUGGCCAGAGGGCAGCAGUCCCCAAGAGGGCAGAGGGGAGCCCUUCCUGAGAGUACAGAUAGUCAGAGAGAGGCAUCAGAUGUACGAGAUGACCAGGAAGAGCAAGACACAGAAAAUAGCAGAGUUGCUUCUGGAGUAUUUCCUAACAGGCAGGCACACUCAAAGUAUGGCCAAUUUCUCCUCGUCCCAUCUAGUUUAAAGCAAAUUCCUUUUUCUGCAGAAACUAUUUUGCCUCUGUCCAGCUCAUCUGUGGAAGGAGGCAGUGAUAUGCUGGCAACUGAACAGGCCAUACAGAGAGAGGUUCCUGCUCAUCUGACUUGGCAGACCCCAAUUGUCUCAGACCAGGUGUCAGGGGCUGAACCUAAGGAACAGUACCAGCCAAUCGCUCAGGUGCCAGACAAGCGUGGCCAGGCGGACCAAGUCCUACCCACCCUGCAUAGCACUCCUGCAUCCCUGUCAGUGACUUCCCUUCCUUCCCAAAUUAAGAGCAUGCAUACUGGAGGUGGAUAUGUGAACUGGUCAUUUUCAGAAGACGGCGAAACUGAUUUGUCGAGCAUCAAGAAAAAAUGGCAAACCUGCUUGCCCUCCACUUGUAACAGUGACUUCACUCAGUCUGAACGAUGCCAGUCACAGAGCCAGGGUAACUCCCUCUCUGAUCAUUCAACAAGAUUGGCCCAGAGUAGCGAUUUCUCAAAGGGGGGACCGUGGCUCCAGCUAAACACUCCCGUUUCGAUCAGUUCAUUUCACAGAGACCGACCUUUCAUUAGGAGUCAUAGUUUUAGAUUCCACAAGGAGGAGAAAUUGACGAAGAGCUGGAAGAUGAAAAAGCUUUCAAGAUCCUCAGAAAUAGAGCUGUCUUCAGGAAUCAAAGCAAGGUUGCUAGCCAAAAACAAGAGAUUCUCAAAGAAAAAGAAGAAUAAUCAAAAACUACAGGUGCCAAUCAUAACAGUCAAUGCCUGCUGUCAAAAUGACCAAUUAAAUCCAGAGCCAGGAGAAAAUAGUAUCUCAGAAGAAGAGGAGUGCAACAAGAACUGGCUUACUGUGUCCACAUUUAGUGAGAUAAGUCUACAACAUUAUUUAUGUCAGAAAAUGAAAACUAGAGAAAUUGAACAACAUGCUAUACAAGUCAGUGAUUACCUAAAGCAGUCUCAAGAGGAUUUGAGUGAAACUUCUUCGUGGAGUUCCAGGAGCACUGACCCCAGUAGGAAAUCCCUGUUGAGAAGUUCAAACGGAAUUGACAAGAUCUCAGCCUCUUUAAAAAGCCCUCAAGAGCCUCACCAUCAUUAUUCAGCCAUUGAAAGAAAUAAUUUAAUGAGGCUUUCUCAGACCAUACCCUUUACACCAAUCCAACUGUUUGGAGGAGAAGAAAUAACUCUCUACAGGCUGGAGGAGAGUUCCCCUUUGAAUCUUGAUAAAAGCAUGUCCUCUUGGUCCCAGCGUGGGAGAGCUGCAAUGAUCCAGGUGUUGUCUCAAGAGGAGAUGGAUGGGGGGCUCCGUAAAGCUAUGAGAGUCAUCAGUACCUGGUCUGAGGGUGACUUUCUCAAGCCAGGCCAGGUGUUCAUUGUGAAGUCCUUUCUCCCUGAGGUUGUGAAGACAUGGCAUGAAAUCUUCCAGGAGAGUACUGUACUUCAUCUUUGCCUCAGGGAAAUUCAACAACAAAGAGCUGCUCAGAAACUUAUCUACACCUUCAACCAUGUGAAACCACAAACCAUUCCCUACACACCAAGGUUCUUAGAAGUUUUCUUAAUCUACUGCCAUUCAGCCAAUCAAUGGUUGACUAUUGAGAAGUAUAUGACAGGGGAGUUCCGGAAGUACAACAACAACAACGGUGAUGAAAUCACCCCCCGCAGCACUCUGGAGGAGCUGAUGUUGGCUUUCUCUCACUGGACCUAUGAGUAUACUCGUGGAGAGCUUUUGGUGUUAGAUUUGCAAGGCGUUGGAGAAAAUUUGACAGAUCCAUCUGUUAUAAAACCUGAAGACAAACAAUCAAGAGGAAUGGUGUUUGGACCAGCCAAUUUGGGGGAAGAUGCAAUUAGAAACUUCAUUGCAAAACAUCGUUGCAACUCCUGCUGCCGGAAGCUCAAACUCCCGGAUUUAAAAAGAAAUGACUAUUCCCCUGGGAGAAUAAAUUCUGCUUAUGGACUCAAGGUCAAAAUAGAACCAGCUGAGGAGUGUCCAGCAAGGGAAAGGGGUGGAAAUUCCACAGAAGAUCGCACAUAACCAUAAAGGGGGAGAAGCCAGACGGCUGGCCUUUCCUGCCAGGAGCUCCGCAUGACAUCAGUUGGUUGAUGUAACAGUGAUUGAUCACAUCAGAGCCUCUGUCAGGAUGCCUUACACCGUGGGAUCCUUGGGACACACCUGCCCCUGACCCAAGGCCUCAUUGGUGUGUGAGGACUGGGCUCUCCUCCACGGGGAAACGCUGGGACAAGGCAGCGGGGAAGUCUGUUCCUUUACACCUCGCUGCUUUGGCUGGUCGCAUGGAGCCCUCAGAGCAGAAUGCUGCGCACUAAAGAACCAGGGGGAUGAGUGUAAUUUAUUUUCUCACUGUAUGUGCAGACAGCACCCCUCCACUGCUAUUCAUCACCUUGCCCACAGAUGUAUUUAUGUCUAUAUAUAUGUACAUAAAAAAGUUGUGUGAUUUCCUCUGCCGUCCUCUCCAUAGCAUAGCACUUUGAAUAGCAACAAUAGGGAAAACAAUGGAAUGAGGAUGUAUUUGCACAGAUUGGAGUACACCCCUGCACGAGCUAACCAGUAAAAUGUCAGCAUCCUGGUGGAAUCUAGAUGGGUUGGAGGUAUUGUCCGUGAAUCAUAUGUUGCCUGACUAUUUCCAGUUUCUCUGAAAGAAAGGAGAAGGGAAAUCUAAAACAAAUGCCCUUGCAUCUCCCCUCCCCUCUCCUCCUCUCCCCUCUCCUCCUUCCCUCCCCUCUGCUCUCCUCCUCCCUCUCCCUUCCCUUCCAUUCCCUUCCUCUCUCUCUCCUUUUUAUUUAUUUUUCUUUUUUCACCAAGAUAAUGAGGAUAUGAGAAACUGAAGUUAUUAAGAAAAGGUUUCCCUUCCUUUAAACUCAGGGAUAAGGUUGACCAAGUCAACCUUUAAAAUGCCACUCAUGUUUCCAAAGUUGCAUAUAUAAUAUUGCAGGUUAAAUCACCCUAUGUCAGGCCAACAUGAUUUCAGACCAAAAACAUGCUUUCUAGGUGCUUGCCUCCUUCCAGGGACAGAGCUGCUGCGCCUUUAAGAGCUCUCUACAUUUUUUCAGUUUUUGGCUGGGGCUGAGUUUGAACCCGCCACCUCCACUAUAUGGGGCUGGCACCCUACUCCUUUGAGCCACAAAGGGAGGGGAGGGAGGAGGGAAGGGGACGGAGGGAGGGUGAUUGGUGGGAUUACACCUGCGGUGCA